GCUUGGGUGUAUACGGUCAAAGUGGCUUCUUGGUAUUGAUGCUGAGCUGCCUGGAGAUGGAGCUUAUCCGACGGCGUAUCAGAAGUGUAACAUAUGACGCCAACAGGGUACGCAGUUGCUCAGCCACAAGUCAAGCCACAUGCCUACCCGGCACCAUCUCCAAAGGUUUAGCUUCAACUCUCGAGGCUCGCGAGCUGUGGGUGAUGCUUCAAUACUGCAUCAUCACAGCGCUUCGCAAGAAUGAGGCUCUGUACAAUUUGCCGACUCCCUGUUCGGAGGGCAUUAACUCAAGCGCGCUAUCUGUCCACCGAGACUCCUCCCCCAGCAGAAAUCCUUGCGAAACCGACAUGGUCCGUACGGUCGCUUCUAUCGUCGCCCUCCAACGACACCGCGAAAGAUGAGAAGAUCACACCGAAACAACUACACCACCUCCUGAAGCUGUCGGCGCUCCCUCUCCCCAAGACUCCAGAAGAAGAACACUCCAUGAUUGCGACCCUUCAAAGUCAACUGCACUUUGUACGCGCAGUCCAGCGCGUCGACACGAAAGGCGUGGAACCCUUACACGCUAUUCGCGACGAGACAGACCAGGGCACGCAAGAGGAGACUAUCACAUUGGACAAGAUGAAAGGGCUGCUGGAGGAAGAGGUGCAAGUCGGGUACUACAAAAGACCAAAGAGGGUGAAAGCCAAGGUCGAAAGCGAAGCAGAAGACUGGGACGCGCUGGCCACCGCGUCCCGAAAGAAAGGUCGAUUCUUCGUAGUCCAGGGGAAGGGGAAGAAAGCAGGCGAGGCUGCGUAGAAGUGUAUAACCCAAAUGAUACCCCCACCCGCUCAUAAAUCAAUCUACAGACGCUGC